AUGGUUGCCUCCAGCGUGCUUGGCUUUCCCCGCAUCGGUAGUGCAAACCGUGAAGUGAAGAAAGCUGUUGAAGCCUACUGGGCAGGCAAAAUUUCUGCAGAUGCUCUCACCAAGGCUGCUGCUGAAGUGAAGAAAACCAGCUGGAUCAACGUCAAGGCUAAGGGCGUCGACUUCGUCCCCAGUGGUGAAUUCUCCUUGUACGACCAUGUCUUGGAUCACUCUGCUGCGUUCAAUGUGAUCCCCACGCGAUAUGUCGGACUUGGACUUUCACCCCUAGACGUUUACUUUGCCAUGGGUCGUGGGCGCCAGUCAGAGGGCGUCGAUGUCCCUGCUUCUGAAAUGAAAAAAUGGUUUGACUCCAACUAUCACUUUGUCGUCCCCGAGUUCUCCGACGAAACGGACUUCAAGUUGAACUUUAACAAGGCCGUCGAGGAAUUCAAGGAGGCCCAGGCCGCAGGCGUCACCACGCGCCCCGUAGUUCUCGGGCCCAUCUCAUUCCUUGUCCUUGGAAAGCCUUCGAAGGAGGCUAAACCUGGCUUCCAGCCCAUCAGCCUGCUUCCCAAGCUACUUCCCGUUUAUAAAACUCUUUUGGCUGACCUCAAAGUUGCUGGUGCUGAAUGGGUUCAGAUUGACGAGCCUGUCCUUGUCCUUGACACUGCUGCUAGCCUUGGGAAGCAAUUCUCCUCCGCAUACGCCGAGCUUGCACCCGUAUCCCCAAAGAUCCUUCUCACGACCUAUUUCUCUCGCCUCGAUUCUAACCUUACUUACGUGGCCAAGCUCCCCGUCGCUGGACUUCACAUUGACCUUGAUCGUGCCCCAGGCCAACUUGAUGAAGUCAUCGCGGCCGUGAAGCCCACCAGUAUCGUUCUCUCACUGGGUCUUGUUUCGGGUCGCAACAUCUGGAAGACCGAUUUUGCUGCCGCUAUCAAGUCGGGGCAGAAGGCAAUUGACGCCCUUGGACAGGAUCGCGUUGUUGUCGCCACCUCUUCUUCCCUUCUUCACACUCCUGUCACUCUCGCUUCAGAGACCAAGCUGACCCCCGAACAGAAAGAUUGGUUCUCCUUUGCUCUCGAGAAGGCAGGCGAAGUUGCCACAAUAGCAGCUGUUCUUUCUGGCUCCCAAGAUGCCAAGGUUGCUGCCGCUCUCGAAGAGAACACUGCGUCAAUUGCCAAGCGCCGAGCUUUCGAGGCCAACUCUGACGACGCUGUGCGCAAGCGCGUUGCUGCCGUCACCCCAGAGCAACUCGAGCGCCAGAGUCCGUUCGCCGUUCGUAAAGAAAUCCAGGCCAAGCAUCUCAACCUCCCCAAAUUUCCCACUACUACCAUUGGCUCCUUCCCUCAAACCAAGGAGAUUCGUCAAGCCCGUGCUAAGCUUGGCAAGGGCGAAAUCACAGAGGAAGAGUACGAAGAAUUUAUCAAGAAGGAGGUUGAAACUGUCGUUCGUUUCCAAGAAAGGAUCGGCCUUGAUCUUUUGGUUCACGGAGAACCAGAGAGGAAUGACAUGGUUCAGUACUUUGGUGAACAACUGCAUGGCUUUGUUUUCACCCAAAACGCGUGGGUUCAGAGCUAUGGCUCCCGUUAUGUACGCCCUCCCAUUAUCGUUUCCGAUGUGUCGCGCUCUGGCCCCAUGACGGUUAAAUGGAGUAGCUAUGCGCAAAGUCUUACGAAAUUGCCUAUGAAGGGCAUGCUUACUGGACCCGUCACCAUUCUCAACUGGUCCUUCCCUCGGGCUGACGUUUCUCGUGAACUGCAGUCCAAGCAGCUAGCACUUGCUCUCCGUGAUGAAGUCAUUGACCUCGAGAAGGCUGGAAUCAGUGCUAUCCAGGUCGACGAACCUGCCAUCCGUGAAGGGUUGCCUCUCCGUCGCUCUGACUGGGAUGCUUAUCUCAAGUGGGCUGUUGACUCGUUCAAACUUUCGACAGCUGGCGUCACCGAUCAGCUCCAGACUCAUUCCCACUUCUGCUACUCCGACUUUGAUGAUAUUUUCCCAUCCAUCCAGCGUCUCGACGCUGAUGUUAUAUCGAUCGAAGCGUCGAAGAGUGACAUGAAGCUCCUCAACACGUUCAAACAGUACGGUUACUCUAACCAAAUCGGCCCUGGUGUCUAUGACAUCCACUCUCCUCGUGUUCCUGGAAGCCAGGAAAUCAAGGACCGACUGAAAUCCAUGCUUGAUAUCCUCCCUGACUCACUCCUGUUUGUCAACCCUGAUUGCGGGCUUAAGACCCGCGGGUGGAAGGAGACUGAAGCGUCUCUUGUUAACCUCGUUGAGGGAGCCAAGUGGGCACGCGAGAACUACGCCUAAGUGUGUUUUGGCAUUCCGCUUCAACAGCGUUCGCGAUCUAGGUUCAACAACCGACAAGGUCUUGGAAUGAUGGAGUUGUUUGUGGCUUUAUAGAACCUCAUACCAGCUGGUUAGGCUGAGGGGGGGUUGAACGCAAACAGGAACUAUUUUGAAUAGCCAAGUACUGGAUGAGGAGGCGCGACAUCGUUACUUAUUGUACCAGAUUUCAACAAUCUUCACGGAAUCAAAUGUUGUGAUCAAAGG